GUGAAUGUACAAAAGUUCUUCGAUAAACUCAUCUCCGUGAUUGAGAAAUAUAAUCUUGGAGCUGCUGAUAUAUGGAACAUAGACGAGACAGAUCAUUUUGUGAAUAUUGUAAAACCUACACCCGAUAGACCAGUUCUAUUGCUUGUAGACAACCACGAUUCGCAUUUCAGUGUUCAGAUGAUUGAAUAUGCCAAGACCAACGGAGUUAUUAAAUAA